AUGCACUACGAGGCUGCCUACCUUUUGGCUGUCCUAGACAGCAAUGAUUCCCUAAUCUCUAAGGACUGGGAAAAGACAGCAUCAGCACUGAGGCAGAUAAAGAGUGGCUCAAGGUCAUCAGCAAGUUCAGCAGCAAAAACCAUGGAAGAUUUGAUUGUGCAGAGGAGAAGUAAGCUGACCUCCACACCUAUGGGGAUGCAAAUAGAGGGGCCAUUGCCAUCAGAAGAGUCCAAUGAUGACAUGGGAUUUGGGCUAUUUGAUUGA